AAAGUGAUUCACAGGAACAAAUUCCACAUCGACUGACAAGACAACCCAGACAAUCAAGACAAUAUGAUUUACGUCCACAUACCAUUGAUCAUUCUAAACAACAGGGUUUUCCCAAGCACCGCAAUCAACAACGACGUCUUUAGUUGUAAAUUUAUCCAAACGCAUUCUAACCCAUGAGGAAGAGAGAAUUCUAAAUCUUGGACUGGGAUUUGUUCCCACACCUAAAUAUAAUGCGUUUCAGACAAGGGUGGAUAUCUUCAAACUUGUACGUCUUGUUAAAUUAAGGUGCCAUUUUGGCAAUUUUCAGACUACACCAUCGCUAUUCCGUGUUCAUUCAUCAUUUAACCCGCACGUAGAUAAUGCCCGCUUGAAUGCAUUCUAUCAGGUUCUACUAGAAGACAUCAAUAAAAUAGAAAAGAGAAGACCACCUCCACACAAAAGGAAUUUUACCGCAAAGGAUAGAGAAAUCAUUGCUAGCCUUCAAUCGGACGAGAAUAUCGUGAUAAAACCAGCAGAUAAGGGCGGAGCCAUAGUUAUUAUGAAUACUCAGGGUUAUACCGCAGAGGUAAAUAGACAAUUGCAAAAUAGCAAUUUUUAUAAACCACUGCCCAAGGACCCUACCGACGAUGUAUCCAGAAUAAUCAGGACCACCUUAUCAGAAGGCAUAUCUUUUGGAUACCUCGACAAAAAAACAACUGAAUUUUUAUUCAACAAAUAUCCACGUACCCCAGUAUUUUACAUACUUCCAAAAAUUCACAAAUCACUCAAUGCUCCACCAGGUAGACCGAUUGUCUCAGGUAAUGACUCUCUUUUGGAACCCCUUUGUCAGUAUAUGGAAUAUUAUCUGCAUCCAUUCGCUAUCGACACUCCGUCUUAUAUUUUGGAUACGAAAACAUUUAUUGGACACGUCGAGAAUACCACUAUACCAAAGGAGGCCUCCCUUGUCACCCUGGAUGUCGAGUCUCUGUAUACAAAUGUCCCGUUACCUGAAGUCAGGACGAUUAUAGAAACACUUUUGGAUUCCAGACCCACGAGAGAACCUCCAACACAUUUUUUGCUCGACAUUCUGGAUAUCAUUUUGGAUUAUAACUUUUUUCGUUACUUAAAACAGUUCUAUCUGCAAAUUAAAGGCGUAGCAAUGGGCUCUUCCUGUGCCCCUUCUAUUGCGAAUAUUUAUAUGAUACACUUUGAAAAAACUUUCAUCCUUCAUGACAACAAUCCUUUCAGAUCUAAAAUAAUCAAGUAUUAUCGGUUUAUAGAUGAUUUAUUCUUUGUCAUACAGGAUCAAGACACAGCAACACAAUUUCUCCAAUGGAUCAAUGACCAAGAUCCAAAUAUACGACUGUCUGGUACCAUUCAUGAUACAUCAGUUAAUUUUCUGGAUGUCACAGUCUUUAAAGAUCACUCUCAACAACUUAAGAUCCGCCCAUACCAUAAACCAACCGAUCGAAAUUCAUUAUUACACGCUUCAUCCUUUCACGCUCCACAUUUAUUGAAUAACUUACCGUAUGGACAGUACUUAAGACUAAAAAGAAAUGCAUCGUUCCAACAUGACUAUAAAAUAGCGGCCUAUCAACUCACACAGUCCUUAUUACAACGAGGAUACACAUCACGGACUCUUACUGCAGCUCAAGAUAGAGCGGAAGUGAAAAACAGGAAAGACCUUCUUGCUAUAAAAACCUCGGAUAAACCCAGAGAAGAUCGUAUUUGCACAUCACUGCAAUUUACACCACAUACUUCUAGCAUUAAGAAACUCAUAUAUAAACAUUGGCAUUUGCUAUCCAACAUCCCAGGAUGUCAAAAACCACCUAUAAUUGGUCUAAAAAGAACAAAAUCACUGAGGAAUUAUUUGGUGAAAUCGGACCAACUUACAUACCCGGAAGCAUCAACUAAAGGCCACUACAAAUGUGGUAGUUGCAAUGUAUGCAAAUACGCACUACAAGUAAAGGAGUUCACCAACAUACAGACCGGCUUCAAGUUUCAGAUUGAACACUUUAGUAACUGUAACACGAAGAAUAGCGUGUAUGCAUGGAUGUGUCCAUGCCACAAGAUAUACAUAGGCAAAAGCACCAGACCAAUCAAACUACGCAUAAAUGAACAUCGAUCACGGAUCCGCAACAGAGUGCUAGAAGCCCCAAUGGUGGAACAUUAUAUACAGCAAAAACACACGGAGGAUGAUUUUGUUUUCUUCAUUAUCUGGAAACCAAAAGUAGAUUUAUAUACCAGGAGAAAUAUUGAUAGACUAUUGUUACAACAGGAAGCACGAUAUAUUCAUCUGUUUGAAACGAUGUCCCCCAAGGGCUUGAAUGAACAUCAAGACUACAAUUCUUUUCUUUAAAAAACCAUUAUAGAUGACCUUGGAUUUUAAAUCUCUUCUCUGUUUACACCUUUAAGAAGGGAGAGCCUAUCCUCCUCCUCCUCCCCCACAGACACAUAUAUAAGACAAUGAUCUCACUCCCUAAUAGAAAACGCACAGAGAAACGCAAGAAAACUUGGAUUCAAUUAUCUAAGACGCAUGUUGAAAAAGAAACAUAAAAGAACUAUAUGAUAUGAUAUAGACUUCCAACAGAUUUAUAGUCCUCAAAAAACCGAGCUGAAGAAGGCGUUUACUCCGAAACAGGGCCCUGUCCUGGUCACCACUACUGAGUCGUACAUCUGAUUCAUACUCCGGAUACU